AUGCUUCUUCAGCUUCCUACAGAACUGGUUGAGAAAUGUGUCGAAUUCGCCGUCUUCCCUAUCAACCCGAACAAUACCAAAACACUGCUAUCUCUCCUCCUCACCUGCCGCGCACUCUACAAGCUCACCAUCCCUUGUCUCUACGACUCCCAUAUCCUGUAUAUCAACCGGAACCUCUACACUAGGUCCGCCGAAAGCAGGGACUACCGCUCCAACCUCUACCCGCAUCACCCGCCGCCCUCCUUCGUCCGCCCUACCGCACUCCACACCCUACUCGUACUCCCGCGCAAUCAGGGCAGGAGCUCGAGCCCAACGCCGGAGGGUUAUAACCCCUCGUUCCCUUCAAAUGCACUCAUUAGUAUCUUCAACCAACUUACCGCACUGAAGACCCUUGUCUAUACCCCCAAACCCUGCCCGUGGGGGCUCGUUGCGUCAAUCAACGCCCUGCCGCUAACAUCUCUAACAUGCAAGUUCGACUGCAAUCUACUGGGCGACAUUUCUAUCGAGCGCUCUAGCUGGAGGCUCCGAAGUCUUACGCUAAGUGAGGUCGACACCUGCCCCCCAAAACUCAGAUCCUUUCUUGGAACAUAUGCGGCAACCUUAGUAGAGCUAUCAAUGAGCUUCAAGAAGAAUGGGCUGCCGUAUACAUACACUGCAGCGCUACCAAAGCUACCAAAGCUGCGGUGCCUAAGAUUGCUGUCGUAUGAUCCCUCGGUACUGAGGGCUUUGCAGGGCUCGGUGGAUUUUGGGAGGUUAGAGAUUCUGCAGCUGGUUGGUCGGAGGGUGACAAGCGUGGUGUCGGAUUCACUGAAGGAAGGGGGGGGUUUGUCGAUGUUGAGAAAACUGAGUGUUCAGAUGCUUCCGGGGGUGCUAGUGGCAGUCCUGGAGAUGUGUACGGUGGCGCUAGAGGAACUGCAUGUGGUAUGGAUAGACGAUGAGGAAAGUACAGGGAUGACGGCAGCAGUGGCGGAGGUGAUGGCGAGGAGGUGUAAGGGCCUCAAGGCGGUGAGCUUGGAUCUGGGAGGUAGUUUUCAGAGGAUGUGGGGGGGAUGUGAGAUGGCAAUGAAGGGGGAGGACUUGGAGGUUGUGGCCCGGGGGUGUACCGGGAUAGAAGAUCUAUACCUGUCUGUGGAUAUGCAUGUUUUUGCCUCUACCAUCGACUCCCUCCCCUUAUUCUCAGCCCUCCGCCACCUUUACCUCAAACUCCACGACUCCCCCGAAAGCAGUGAGUACGACAGCAUCUACCACCUCUUCCCCCUCGUCUCGCACCCAUAUCACUUCGACCCACCACUCGUCCAAGACAUCCCGGAAGACAAGAUCGCCGCGACAGCAUGGGCGCUCGAUCAAGUUGUGGCUAAGCAGCGCCUAGACUUUGUCUCGGUGGUCGUCCAGGAAGAUCAGCAAGAGUGGAUGAAAGCGGAGUGGGUCAAGCCAGGACUCGAACUUAAGCUUGCGGGGAAGGAUUUGCACCUGAGCGAGCUAAGGAGAUGCAUGCCCUGGUUUCCGGUCGCAGGGAUCGGUAGGUGGAACACGGCGUUCGAGCCAGUAUGUUUUGGACAUUGCAGGGAGAGCACGGGGGUAUUGAUUUAUGGGAAUUUGAUGGAGGGCGGUGCUUGA